AUGGCCGAAAUUGCAACGGCGAUCCGUCAGGGACUUGGUCCCACUGCUAACGAAGUGGACCCUAUUAUCAUAGACUAUGUCGUUAACGUCCUAAAGGAUGAGACGUUUGACUUCGGUCCGCGCGGCGACCUCGCGUACGACGCCGUCGGUCCGCUCCUCCUCAACGUCGGCUGCUUCCCGGACGCUUCCUCCGCGCGCGCCUUCUUCCAAACCCUAGCCGCCAGGUUCGGCGACGCGCAUGCCGCAGCCUCGGCGGAGAACGUGCGGAGCCUGGGGGCGCCGAUGCGCAUGGGGGAGGGCAUGGCGGAGCAGGCGAUGCUGGGGGAGGGGAAGACGGGGGUGAUUCAGGCGGUGGCGGCGGAGGGGGAGGAAGAGUCCAUGUAUUUCGUGACGGAGCGCGAUCUGCGCAAGCUCGAGCGGAACAAGCGCAAGGAGGAGCGCCAGCGCAUGGUACGUCGGAUCGCAGGGUUUCCAGGUUGGGGGAAAGGGUGGGUGGGGGAGCGCAACAAGCGCAAGGAGGAGCGCCAGCGCAUGGACUCGUACGAAACACAUGUACAGGAGAGCGGAGCUACGUUAGCGUCCUUGCCACCGGUGGCAAUAUAUGCUCUCUCUAUCCACGCCUUCCCUUUUCCCCUCUCCCUCCACUCCGUGCUCUCACUCCAGGACGCGUACGAAGCACACGUGAAGGAGAGCGAGGCCAUUCUGUCGUCCAUGCCACUGGUGACGGUGUCGCACGGGGGCGAUGGCACGGAGGGCGGGGCGAGGGACAUCCAUCUCAGCAACUUCACCGUCACCGUGGCGGGGAAAGAUCUUAUCAGCGAUGCCUCCAUUACUCUGGCUUUUGGGCGACGAUACGGGCUGAUUGGGCGCAACGGGACUGGAAAGACCACCCUGUUAAAGCACAUGGCGAUGCAUGCGAUCGACGGCAUUCCGCGCUCGUGCCAGGUGCUGCAUGUGGAGCAGGAAGUGGUGGGGGACGAUACCUCCGUCCUUCAGUGCGUGCUCAGUGCUGACCUUGAACGCACCGCACUUCUAGAGGAAGAGAAGCAGCUUCUAGCGAGGAAAACUGGCGGGGAGGAUGGGGAGGUGGCCGGGGAGGGGGAGGGGAAGAAGCGGGAUGGGGGAGGGGCGGAGGCGGGUGCAGGGGAGGAUGAGGCGGCGGCGAAACGGUUGGCGGAGGUUUACAAGCGGUUGGAAGAGAUUGAUGCGUACUCUGCUGAGUCACGAGCUGCUUCCAUCCUUGCUGGUCUGAGCUUCAGCAAGGACAUGCAGAACCGAGCCACGCGGACCUUUUCAGGAGGGUGGCGCAUGCGAGUGUCGCUCGCCCGCGCUCUCUUCAUCCAACCCGACCUGCUGCUGCUGGAUGAACCCACGGUGAGUGGUGUGGAGUGGAGCACUUGGCCCCACCUGCUGCUGCUGGAUGAACCCACGGUGAGUGGAGGAGGACUUGGGUGCAGCGAGGGGUGGUUUUGUGGAGUCAUCAUGCGUGCAUGGCAACUGAUGAACCAAGCUGCCCUCUUCGUCCAGCCUGACCUGCUGCUGCUGGACGACCCACGGUGGUUGAAGCAGUUGGGUGCAGUGGGGGAGGGAGGUGUUGUCGAGUCAUGGUGGGCUGAACCAUCUGGACUUGCACGCGCUGCUGUGACUGGAGGACCAUCUUCUUUCGUGCCUCAGCCUCUCACUGACAUGCCUGUCACUCUCUCUUCCUCUCUCCUUGGCCUUCCCUCCUUUGUCACCCCCGUUUCUUUUCUCCCAUCCCCCCAGAACCAUCUGGAUCUGCACGCAGUGCUGUGGUUGGAGGACCAUCUGCUGACGUGGCCCAAGACGUUGGUGGUGGUAUCCCAUGCGCGCGAGUUCCUCAACACCGUUGUCACGGACAUUGUUCACCUGCACAACCAGAAGCUCACCACCUACAAGGCAGAUGCGCUCCUACUAACUCCCUCUUCUAUUGCACGUCUCCCCCUCUGCUCUGCUGCCUGGCACCACCACCAACAGGGCAACUACGACGCGUUUGAGAAGACGCGCGUGUCACUCCCAUGCAGUUGUGCUCCUAUUGCCUACACUUCUGCCAAACAUUGUGGCAACUACGACACGUUUGAGAAGACGCGAAACGAGCGCAUCCGCAACCAGAACAAGGCCGCCGAGGCCAAUGAUGCCAAGCGCGCCCACAUCCAGGUGCCUUCAUCCACAAGUUCCGCCCCAAUGCCAAGCGCGCGUCCCUCGUGCCAUCCUUGUUGGAUAGAACAUAAUAAAAACGCUAUUGUGUGUUUCUGCCUCCCUGUGCCUUCCCCCUGUGUGCAUCCCUCCCCACGCCUCCCUCCCUCUGUGUGCGUCCCUCCACGUGUCUCCCUCCCCAUGCCUGCCUCCCCAUGCCUGCCUCCCCAUGCCUGCCUCCCCAUGCCUGCCUCCCCAUGCCUGCCUCCCCAUGCCUGCCUCCCCAUGCCUGCCUCCCCAUGCCUGCCUCCCCAUGCCUGCCUCCCCAUGCCUGCCUCCCCAUGCCUGCCUCCCUGUGCCUGCCUCCCUGUGCCCCAACCCCUGGGUGUGCAUCUGCUGCCACAGGCUUUCAUUGACAAGUUCCGUUACAAUGCCAAGCGCGCGUCCCUUGUGCAAUCACGAAUCAAGGUGCCUCCUUUCGCCCGUGCCCAUGUGCUCUCUUCCCCACUCACUCUCGCCGCUCACGCACCUUACUCUGCGCUGGAGAGAAUUGGCACUGUGGAUUCUGUGGUGGCAGAUCCCGAGUACCGCUUUGAGUUCCCCACGCCAGAGGACCGGCCACAGGCUCCCAUCAUCAGCUUCACCGACGUCAACUUUGGCUACCCUGGUGGCCCGCUGCUCUUCAAGAACCUCAAUUUCGGCAUCGACCUCGACAGCCGACUCGCCAUCGUGGGCCCCAACGGCAUAGGCAAGACCACGCUGCUCAAGCUCAUAUCAGGCGAGCUCAAACCCACCUCAGGGACUGCCUUCCGCUCCCCCAAGGUGCGCAUGGCAGUGUUCGCGCAGCACCACGUGGACGGCCUAGAGCUCUCCAAGUCGCCGCUGCUCUACAUGGCGCACUCCUUCCCGGGAGUACCGGAGCAGAAGCUGAGGGCGCAUCUGGGCUCCUUUGGCCUGGGAGGCAAUCUGGCACUGCAGCCCAUGUACACGCUCUCAGGAGGGCAGAAGAGCAGAGUGUCAUUCGCUAAGAUCACGUUCCACAAGCCGCACAUUCUGCUGCUCGAUGAGCCCUCCAACCAUCUGGACAUCGAUGCAGUGGAGGCGUUGAUUCAGGGCCUUGCUCUCUUCCAAGGCGGUGUUCUCAUGGUGAGUCACGAUGAGCAUCUGAUCAGUGGCAGUGUGGACCAGCUGUGGGCGGUGGACAAGGGAGUGGCCAAGCCCUUCUCCGGCACCUUCAAGGAGUAUAAGCGCUCUAUCAAGCACUGA